CUGUCGUAGUUGGGAACAGGAAGUUCCGGGUAAAAACGACAGAACUGUGCUGUUAUGUCUAUAGUGGUUGUGUCCGUUUCAAAUGUAUUAUUACAGACCUUAAUCUGAGGCCGGUAACAUCAACAGUGAGGACAAACCCAGCCUGCCUCUCUCCUUCUACACUGAGUCCAAACCUACAGUCACUGGGUCCUGAUUGUGACAGUGGAGCCCAGUUUGUACAGCAGGAUCCAGAGAUGGCAUCAGUGAAGCUGGAAGACUGCAGUCCAACACUGGAGCUGAAUGUCAACAUUAAAGAUGAAGAAGAGGAUGAGAAGAUUAGGACAACUGUUUCUCAUGGAUACCAUGUUGAGACAUGCUCUACAUCCAGAGAGCAACAGCAGGAAGAUGACAGAGCUAAGAGGUCUCAUCUCUGCCCACAUUGUGAAGAGAUUUUCCCAUUUCUAUCAAAGCUAAAAAUACACCUAAAAAUACACACAGGAGAGAAGCCUUACUCCUGCUCUGGCUGUGGAAAAUGCUUCAAAACAUCAACGGUGCUAAAACUUCAUCAGAGAACACACACAGGAGAGAAGCCUUAUUACUGCCCUGACUGUGGAACUAGUUUCUCUCGAGUUUCCCACUUAAAAAGACACAAACGUAUACAUACAGGGGAGAAGCCAUACUCCUGCUCUGACUGUGGAAAAUGUUUUAAAACAUUAAAUGAGCUAAAAGUCCAUCAGAGAACACACACAGGUGAGAAGCCUUUCUUCUGCCCUGACUGUGGAACUAGUUUCUCUCGAGUUUCACACUUAAAAAGACACAAACGUAUACAUACAGGGGAGAAGCCAUACUCCUGCUCUGACUGUGGAAAAUGUUUUAAAACAUUAAAUGAGCUAAAGGUUCAUCAGAGAACACACACAGGAGAGAAGCCUUACGUCUGCUCUGACUGUGGAAAAUGCUUCACAACAUCAAGUGAUCUAAAAGUUCAUCAAAGAACGCACACAGGAGAGAAGCCUUUUUUCUGCUCUGACUGUGGAAUUAGUUUCUCUCAACUUUCCAACUUAAAAUCACAUGAACGUAUACAUACAGGAGAGAAGCCUUACUCCUGCUCUGAUUGUGUCAAAUAUUUCAAAACGUCAACUGAGCUAAAAGUUCAUCAGAGAACACACACAGGAGAGAAGCCAUACUCCUGCUCUGACUGUGGAAAAUGUUUUAAAACAUCAACUGAGCUAAAAGUUCACCAGAGAACACACACAGGAGUGAAGCCUUAUUCCUGCCCUGACUGUGGAACUAGUUUCUCUAAACUUUACCACUUAAAAUCACAUGAACGUAUACAUACAGGGGAGAAGCCAUACUCCUGCUCUGACUGUGGAAAAUGUUUUAAAACAUUAAAGGAGCUAAAAGUACAUCAGAGAACACACACAGGAGAGAAGCCUUACAUCUGCUCUGACUGUGGGACUAGUUUCUCUCAACUUUCCCACUUAAAAUCCCACGAACGAAUACAUACAAGGGAGAAGCCAUACUCCUGCUCUGACUGUGGAAAAUGUUUUAAAACAAUAAAUGAGCUAAAAGUUCACCAGAGAACACACACAGGAGAGAAGCCUUACGUCUGCUCUGAUUGUGUAAAAUGCUUCAAAACAUCAACUGAGCUUGAGGUUCAUCAGAGAACACACACAGGAGAGACUCCUUACGUCUGCUCUGACUGUGGAAAAUUCUUCACAAAAUCAACUCAUCUAAAAGUUCAUCAGAGAACACACACAGGAGAGAAGCCGUACGCCUGUUCUGACUGUGGAAAGUGCUUCAAGACAUCAAAUGAGCUAAAAGUUCACCAGAGAACACACACAGGAGAGAAGCCUUACGUCUGUUCUGCCUGUGGAAAGUGCUUCAAGACAUCAACUCAUCUAAAAGUUCAUCAGAGAACACAUACAGGAGAAAAGCCUUACUCCUGUUCUGACUGUGGUUUAAGUUUCUCUCGACUGGAUACCUUAAAAAACAUCAACAUAUACAUGGAGAGAAACCAUACUCCUGCUCUGCCUUUGUAAAAUGCUUCAAAACAGCAACUGAGCUAAAAGUUCAUCAGAGAACACACUCAUGAGAGAAGCAUGCUUACAUCUGCUCUGACUUUUGGUUGAGUUUCUCUCACCAUAGCAACUUAACACACCAAUGUAUACACACAGGGGAGAAGCCUUACUCCUGCUCUGUUGAGGUUUGGGCGUGUAAGUUAAAUGUCUAGCCAAAGGCUGUGUGUUUGAAUCUCAUCAAGGAGGACUUUAGCAUUUUAGCUAACUAAGCAACUUUGCAACUACUUACUACUUUUUAUCUAUGUUAGCAUGUUAGCUUAACAUGCAACUACUUAGCAUGUUAGCUACCCUUUCUCCUAAACCCAUUUAACUCUAUCUUAAACCCUCACCCCUAACCAAGCUAACGUCAGCAACAACAAAUUGGAAUUCGUAACAUAUCAUACAUAUUACAAGUUCGUAACAUAUUGUAUGAAUAGCAAUGCGUAAAAUAACGUAAGAAUUGUAAUUCGUAACAUACGAUACAUCCUAUAAGUCGUAUUAUACUGAACAACAAUCUAAAUACAACUAUUUCAAAUAUUUACAGUUCGUAUAAGGAAAUCAGGCAAUUGAAAUAAAUCAGGCUCUAAUCUAUGUAUUUCACAUGACUGGGCAGGGGCUCAGCCAUGGGUGGGACUUGGGAGGGCAUAGACCCACUUGGGAGCCAGGCCCAGCCAAUCAGCAUGAGUUUUUCCCCACAAAAGGUUUUUAUUACAGACUGAAAUACUACUCAGCCCCCCGCCCCCCCUCCUCCUCAGACAAUCUUGAAGGUGAAGAGGUCCUGGGCUGAUGUGGUUACAUGUGAUCUGCAGUUGUGAGGCCGGUUGGAUGUACUGCCAAAUUCUCCAAAAGGACGUGAGAGGUUGCUUAUGGUAGAGAUAUAAAUAUUGAGUUAUUUGGCUAUGGUGGACGUUCCUGCAGUCAUCAUGACAAUUGCAUAUUCCCUAAACUUGAGACAUCUGUGACAUUGAUGUUGUGUGGCCAUUUAUUGUCCCCCAGCACAAGGUGCACCUGUGUAAUGACCAUGCAGUUUUAUCAGCAUCUUGAUAUGCUACACCUGUCAGGUGGAUGGAUUAUCUUGACAAAGGCUGAAAUGCUCACUUACAGAGAUAUAAACAAAGUUGUGCACAACAUUUGAGAGAAAUUAUGUUUUUGUGCAUAUGGAACAUUGCUGGAAUUUUUUAUUUCACCUCAUGAAACCAACUCUUUACAUGUUUAGUUUAUAUUUUAGUUAAGUUUUUAUUGGUAGGCCAAUGUAAUAUAACCUAACAUACUAAAUGGAGUGGCACGGAAGUUUUUGUAAUACAUAAUACGUUUUGCUCUGAGACCAAGUUGUCCCUCUGCAGUAUUCUGUGGGAAGGAGCCACUUUUUUAUUGAACCUUUAUUUAACUAGCCAAGUCAGUUAAGAACAAAAUCUUAAUUACAAUGAUGGCCAAGGAACAGUGGGUAAACUGCCUUGUUCAGAGGCAGAACAACAGAUUUACUUUGUCAGCUCAGGGUUUUGAUCUUGCAACCUUUUGGUUACUGCCCCAACGCUCUAACCACUAGGCUACCUUCCGCCACCCCUAACAUGUAUCAGAUAGAGAUGGUGUGAUGAUCACUUUUCACCACUAGUUUGGGGGGAUUAUUUUACAACUUUAUUUAAUGAUACACAGUUUAUGAAAUUAAUACAUGUGUUUAUUAAUUGUCUUUAAAACUAGAUGAGUUAUUUUAGUUACUAAUCAAGAAUGUGUUUGGAUAACUGCAUUGAUGCAAACUUUAUUGAUCCGCCAAUGAAAAAUAAAGUUACAUGAAUAUGUACUGGU